CAUGAUUUGGUUUUUAAGUUUGUGAAGGAUUUAAGUCUAAUUAUUUCACUUGUCAAAAUUGGUCAGUUCUAUUAAAUAUCGAAGUACCUAAACCUACGUACCUCCAAAUUUGAGAGAGAGAGAGAGAUAGCUAGAGAUGGGGAAGGUGAAGUUGGAACCUCAAGAAUCCAAGAAUACAAUCAACCAUUUCAGUCACCCUCACCCUUUAGAGCUAAUCACGAAUCAAAACUUUGCUUCAUCUUCUUCACAGCUAUGUUCAGGCUGCAAGAUUCAAGCCAUCGGAUCAAUCUACACAUGCAAAUCUUGCAAUUUUUUCCUUCAUACUGAAUGUUCCCAAAUGCCUCAGCAAAUCACUCAUCCAUUUGACAAAGAACAUCAUUUCACUCUCCUCCCAAAACCCAUUUACCCUGACGGGAAAUUCAACUGUGAUGCAUGUGGGGAGAAUGGAGAUGGCUUCUCUUACCACUGCAAAACUUGUGGCACUGACCUUCACAUACUAUGUGCUGUUUUCCCACAAUGUGUCACUCACUGGUCCCAUCAUCACCAGCUUGACCUUAAGUUUUCACCUCCUUAUCCUGGUAAAUCAUUCUGUUGUGAUAUUUGCAAGAAAGUUGGAACCAAUCACUGGCUUUAUAGAUGCCAAACUUGUGGUUUUGAUGCUCAUUUGAAUUGUACAACGUUACAAGCUCCACCACAUCAAAGUCAUAUCCAUCAGAACCCAACUACAAGUAGAUCUGCUCCUCAGCAGCAGCAACAUUUUACCGGCAAUAUGUAACGACCCAGACGGUGUUUUGAGCAUUUGCAUUCCGUUCAGCUCUUUGAAGUCUUCAGCAUCAUCGUAUGAUGUAUUAUGACUUGUACUUUUCAAGUUAUUCCGAAUUUGAUUUGGAAGAAUGAUUCUCAACUAGGAAGCUUUAAGUUGCAUUUUGAUAUUUCUAGAAGGUAGUAGCAUUAUUUGGCGAAUGUUGGAAUGUUCAUAAAUUUGACUGGGAGUUGACUUUGAUAAUAUCAGGUUCAGAUUGUAGUUUCGGGAAUUGAAAUAGCUUCAUUAUGUCAUUUGGGACUUGUGUGAAAAAUUUGAGUUCAUUCCGAAUUAAUUUGAUAAGGUUCGGCAUGAGUUUGGAAUUUGAAAGAUUCACAGUUUAUUGAGUU